AUGGAUAAGAGUUUGAACAGAGAAAUGUUUAACAAGUUUGAGAGUAGUGAUUUUGAUUUUUGCAUUGCGGAACACAAAGAGUUGCCUUUGAUAAAAAUCUGUUCCGAUGAAGGAAGAGACGAUUGUCAACAAUUGAAACCAAAAGCGACUCAGGCUUCUUUUGGAACUACUGUGAUAACUGUAACAAUUUUUAUUAUUCCAAUUUUGUUUAGCAUGGUGACGAUUAAUGCGCUUGUUUUUGUUUUGCGUGUUGUGUUUUUUCAUCUAAUUGUGUAUAUUGAGACACGGUACAUGUACGAUGCUGUGCGUCGGGAUUUCGCACUAUCAGCAAGUUUUGUGUUAGAGUGUUUUUAUGGCAGCGAGGUGACGACAAGAGAAGGUAAUGAGCUAGUUGUACAGAAGGAAAAUUGUGUUGUGGUGGAAUCAAAAGAAGUUGAAUUGAGAUCUCGUCGUGGGAAAUAUAUUUAAAAGCCAAGUUCUUGUAAGAACUUAAGACGUAAGAUGACGAAGACCUGGGAAUCGGCCAGUUCCACGAGAAACUUUUUUUGGAAGAUAUAUUUGGUUCGGAGGCAAAAAAAGAACUUGGCCUUGUUGAUGCUGUCAGUCGCGAUGAGUUUGAUGCUGUCCUUGAAUCGUUAUAUCCCGCAUGGACAAAACGCGAAUUGGCAGUUAACCAGUGA